AUGGUGGUUGGCAGACGGAAGGCUGCUGUCUUUGGCACAGCUUUUGCGCUGCGACUGAUUCUUGUCUAUUUCUUUCCUUCGCUGCCAGACUUACUCACUGGCCGUGUCGAAGUGUCCACUCCGGUCAACAGUUUCAAGCGACUUCAAGAGGGUCUUCAUCUCUAUAUGCGCAAUGUGUCCCCCUACGACGGGGGCGUCUUCCACCAAGCGCCGCUUCUUCUCCCUCUCUUCUCUCUCUUGCCUAAUGUUCGAUACCAUCCAAUCUCAACCGCAAUCUUUUUUGCCAUUGUCGACUUGGUGAAUGCGCAUGCGUUGGCGAAAAUCUCCGAGUCGGGCCAGUCGGUCCAGAGUCGGUUGCACUCCGCAAUGCGAAAGAAUAUUCGCUGGGACGGGACUACAGUUGCAGCAUGGUUCUUGUUUAAUCCGUUUACAAUCGCCACGUGUUUGGCGCGGUCGACGAGUGUCUUCACGACUUCUGGGAUUCUCUUUGCGGUCUCCAAUGCUGUAGGCGGGAACAGCUUGAAUGCUAUGCUUGCACUCGGACUCGCUUCCUAUCUUGCGUUAUACCCAGCUUUGCUGUUUGUUCCGCUAGUGCUGCUUUCCUAUGAUCAGCGAGCCGAAAAGACUCCUCAACCGCCCAGCAUCUCUCACUUCGUGGCUCAGCAUGUUGGGAUCUUCGUUGGCAGUAUCGCUGGGCUCCUAGGGUUGUCUGUACUUGUCACGGGCAACUUCUGGGAGUUUAUAUCCGCCACUUACGGCUUUCACCUCCUGGUGCCUGAUCUCACCCCGAAUGUGGGCUUGUGGUGGUACUUCUUCAUCGAGAUGUUCGACUCGUUCCGUGAAUUCUUCCUUGGCGUUUUUUGGCUUCACUUAGCCAGCUAUGUCGGAGGACUGACUACCAGACUUCGGCGACAGCCUCUCUUCGUCAUCACGUCCCUCCUCGGCGUGUUUGCAAUCUUCAAACCUUAUCCCAGUAUCUCCGACGCCUCGCUAUUCUUUGCAACGCUGCCAUUAUACCGACAUCUUUUCCCCUUCAUGCGAUACACAUUUUUCGCUGUCUCGGCGCUUCUGUACUCCAGUUUACUUGGUCCUGCGUUUUACCACCUCUGGAUCUAUGCCGGAUCUGGUAACGCCAACUUCUUCUAUGCCAUCACUCUUGUGUGGAGUCUUGGACUCUCCGUCCUGCUUGCGGACAGCAUCUUCGCAGCAAUCCGAGAUGAGUGGGAGCAAGAUCACCCCGAACGCAGGGGCGAAGAAGUCAAACAAGUUUAG